AUGGAUUCACAGGAUUCCCGGUUUUAUCCUAACCAGCAGGACAAUUUGGGUACAUCAGCGUGGGUCAACCACAGGUCACAGGCGAUCAACUCGAACACAUUUCUUGCGCACUCGCGCUGUGCAGCACUGUUGACUGCCAUGCCACCCAAAGGAGGCAUGAGGGCUGUGAUACUGCAAGGUUGCCCAAGCCUAGCCAGGGGAAGUCGAGAAACGGAAGUCGAUUACGAAGUACGGACCUUCUGGUCAGUCAUAUGCACCAGGAUGGGUGCAUACGCGGUUGGAUUUGACAUUGGAAGCCGGAAUUCUUUUGUAUCUACUCUGAGUCGAUAUGGGGUGCAUAUGGUUUCCAACGAAUUCGGCCGGCGAAAGAUCCCCACAUGUCUAGCCUUCACUAAUCAAGGCAGACUGGCCGGUACUUUGGCAAAAAUGCAACCAGCUAGUGAAGCUAAAAAUGUAUUGCGAAAUUUCACAACGCUUUUGGGGAAACCUCAUGGUCUUGUGCAGACAAGCGCUCUUUCAGUACCCUACGAUCUCGAAACCACACCCUCUGGCAGAGUUGGAGUCAAGGUUACAUUUGCUAACAAAAUUUGGAAGUUUGUUCCCGAGCAGCUGCUAGCUAUGCAACUCAUGGUGCUGAAAAGAAUGACGGAGCGCUAUACAGGAAUAGAGCUUCAAAACGUGGUUCUCAGCAUCCCAGUGUACUAUACCGAAAGCCAACAACAAGCAGUACGAGAUGCACUAUCGAUUGCUGGAUUAAAAUGUGAGAAGUUACUGCCAGACACAACAGCAAGUCACCAUUUAGUUGCCCUAACCUAUGCCUACUACGCCAGAAACGAAAUUGCCAGGAGCACUUCACCAGUCUACGUGGCAUUUGUCAGUGUGGGUUACAGCAACACACAAGUUAGCAUUUGUGCAUUCCAAAAACAUUCCCUGGAAAUUUUGAGCACAGCCUACGACCCCGAGUUGGGAGGAAGACAUUUUGACUGCGCUAUGUACGAAGUUCUCACCAACCAAUCCAAAAAUCAACAUGUCUCCAAUAAUACAGCAGCCGUUCGGGAGUUAAUGAUCGCCUGUGAGUCCGUUGUGAAGCGCAUGAACAUGGGUGCUGAAACUGUCACUGUGACAGCAGAUUCGCUGUCCAAUGAAUACAACUUUUGUGGCCAAAUAAAACGCGAAAAAUUUGAGAGAUUUGAAUCGGUGAUCAAAAAAUGCUUGCAACAAUGCACUCAAGUGCAACCGGAAUCCAUAUGCUCUGUGGAAAUGGUCGGUGGAUGCAGCCGUAUGCCAGCUUUACGUGCGAUUGUUGCUAAAAUUUUCAAUACCCCACCUUGCACGACUCUGGAUGUUGAUGAAGCGGUUGCCAAAGGAUGCGCUAUACAGGCAGCCAUGUGCUCGCCGCUUUUUCGGUAUCCCUUCAAAAUAGUUGAAUCAGGUGUGAGGAAGACUCCGGAGCACAUGAGUAUCAACCCACUGACACAGAAACAGUUGGAUGAAUUUCGUACUGGUGAAAAGAAGAAGGCUUUUGCUGCGGAGUUAUUUAUAAGAAAAUGCCAACUGAACAGUUACAAACUAUUGGACAGGGAAGCUAAACUCUCACAUACAUCUUAUUUAAAACCACUGAAUCUCCAUCUUCUCUUUGAACGCGCCUUCCUGGAUAUUCCUUGA